AUGAAGUUGAUUCUGAAUGCUGAGACAGAGGUCAAAAUAUUCAGCAGCAAUCUCAAAGCAAUUCAAGCUGUGCUGGAGGAUGCUGAGAAGCAGCAUGUGGAGAAUGCCAGCCUGAGAAACUGGUUAAAUGGGCUCAAUGAUGUCUCGUACGAGAUGGUUGACGUCCUUGAUAAGUGGAAUACUGAAAUUAUGAAGCAAAAGGCAAUGAGAGUAUGUUUCUCCAUUGCAUCGACUUGCUUUUGUGUUGCUCAAGUCAAUAGGGCAACUCAUAUGUAUAGGACUGCUACUGAGAUAAAAGAGUUGAAUGAAACGUUGGCUUUAAUUUCUGCUCAGAAAAAGCAGUUUAAAGAAGAAGCAACAACUGAUUUGUUGAGCAAGUUGUUGAGUGAGAGUAGUGAAGAAGUGAAAAGGGUCUCUGUCAUCCCUAUAGUGGGUAUGGGGGAUGGGCAAAACAACUCUUGCCCAAUUAGCUUUGAACAAUGA